CCAAUAUCCCAAAUCUCUUCCAAUCUACUUCAAAUUUCACAAAAAAUGGAUCCAUCUGAUUGCCCUUUUGAUCUUGCAGCAUACAUUCAAAAUAGUCAAAUUGAAGAAGCUUAUGUACUCAACCGAUUUAGAGAGCGUCGAAGAAAAAUUCGAGAAGAUACUGCACCUCGUAGUAGAAAAUAUCUCGGUAGAGAUCAUACAGAGGCAAACCAGAGGCUAAUUGGCGACUACUUUGCCAAUGAGCCUACAUAUGACGAUGCAAUGUUUCGUCGUCGGUACCGGAUGCAAAAACAUCUUUUCCUUCGAAUCGUUGGUGACCUUUCAAGUAGUGAUAACUACUUCACCCAACGCGUUGAUGCAGCCAAUAAACAAGGUAUAUCACCCUUAGCAAAAUGUACCACAGCAAUGCGAAUGUUAGCAUAUGGUGUGGCAGCAGAUGCGGUCGAUGAGUACAUCAAAAUUGGAGGUACUACAGCAUUGGAGUGUUUACGUAGAUUCUGUAAAGGAAUCAUACGAUUGUAUGAGCAACAGUACCUGAGAGCACCAACCCAAGAAGACCUGCAAAGAAUACUACAUGCUAAUGACAUGCGGGGGUUCCCAGGCAUGAUCGGGAGUAUUGACUGCAUGCACUGGGAGUGGAAAAAUUGUCCUAAAGCAUGGGAAGGUCAAUUUACUAGAGGGGAUAAGGGAACCACAACAGUUAUUCUUGAAGCAGUUGCAACUUAUGACCUAUGGAUCUGGCAUGCCUUUUUUGGAUGUCCUGGAACGUUGAACGACAUAAACGUUCUAGAUCGGUCACCAGUGUUUGAUGACGUGGAACAGGGAAAGACUCCAGCUGUGAAUUUCUUUGUGAAUGGUCGUCCCUAUAAUAUGGCAUACUAUCUAGCCGAUGGUAUCUAUCCUUCUUAUCCAACUUUCGUCAAAACGAUUAGACUUCCUCAAAGUGAACCCGAUAAGUUAUUUGCAAAAGUUCAGGAGGGAUGUCGGAAGGACAUCGAACGUGCAUUUGGAGUUCUUCAAGCUCGUUUUAAAAUCAUCCGUGAACCAGCUCGCUUGUGGGACAUAGAUGACUUGAGUAUCAUUAUGAGGUCAUGCAUCAUAUUACAUAAUAUGAUUGUCGAGGAUGAACGAGAUUCAUAUGCUCAACGUUGGACCGAUUUUGAGCAAUCUGGGGAAGGUGGAUCUAGUACACAGCAACCAUACUCGACCGAGGUUUUACCCGCUUUUGCAAAUCAUGUGCAUGCUAGAUCCGAGUUGCGUGAUUCAAAUGUUCAUCAUGAACUGCAAGCAGAUCUAGUGAAGCACAUCUGGGCAAAGUUUGGAAUGUCUCAGGAUUGAAGAUGAUUUGUAUCGUACUAUUUACGUUAUUUGUGUGUUGUGUGCUUAGUUUUCCCUUGUCUUGCAUUUUAAGAUAUUGUGUGCUUAGUUUGUUAUCUUGCAUUUUAUUUUAAGAAAAUAAAAUAAAUUCCUGUAUGCUUAGUUUGUUGUCUUGCAUUUUAAGUUAAGAAAAAAAAAUUAUAGUCUAUAUUUUUUU